UCAGAAACCAUUUUCUGUUAUUGCAACUCUGUAGGAGGUUGAGAAAAAAAAAUCAGGAAAAGUGUGGAAGACAUUAAGCGAAGCAGCGCUGAUCUUCAUUUCAACCUUUAAAGGCAUUUUUUUCAAGGCUUUUACAGCCCUCUUGUUUGAUAUUGGUUAAGCAGAACUGCUGUGAACUGUUUCCUCUUUUGGAGCAGAUACUUCAUGACUCACAAAAUAAAGUACAAGGGAAGAAGGGAGGAACACUUGAAAACGAAAGCGCUUUUAUUGGGGGCUUGCGAAGGGCAACGCUUUACCCAUCUGUUUACAAAUUCAGGACAAAUUUACUUUCAGACUCCCAUUUUUUGCCACAAAAAGGUCAGAUAUAAUCUAUUAUAACUGACAUGAACAACACUGUGAGAGAAGAGCUUUACAAAACAUUGUGUGACCUCCUUGAGAAGCAAUUUAAGGAUUUUAAAUGGUGGCUAAAGGGUAUUGACUACAAUGAAAAGCCAAACAUUGUUACAGCUUCUUUGGAGAAAGCUAAUCAGCAAGAAGUUGUAGAUCUCCUGAUUCACUAUUAUGGAGAAGACGCUCCAAAGGUGUGCAUUCGUGUCCUUCAAAAAAGCAACAUAAAUGAUGUUGCUAGAAAACUUGAGGAAACUUUACAGAAAGAUGUUGAUGCUCACCAAUUGCCAGAUUCAUCAGACCAUGGGUCCUCAAAUUACAGUCCACGGGCCAGCUAUGACCCACUGAAGCCAUUAAUCCAGCCCAUGCAGGACCACGAGGCUGCCCCGUCCACAUCACUCAACCCACCCACUGGCCCCCACCAUUCGGCCAUGUUCAGGACUGACCUUUGUGAGCAGGAAUUAGAAGAUUACAGAAGCUAUGUUAAAACACAGUUUGAAACUAUUGAAGAUCCUAAUUCUGAUCCUGGUGAACGUGUGUCCCUAGAUAAGAGAUACUCAACGCUAACCAUCCUACGUGGUCAACUGUCUCAACAGGAAAGGGUAAAUGGAAUUCAAGCAAUAGGAAGGAAACAUACUGAAAUUCAAGCAAUCAGCAAGAGACCUGAGUCUUCAGCCAAAAUUAAAACAUUAUUUGACCCUAUACAUGGACUAAAUCCAAAAACUGUUGUGUUGCAAGGAGCUGCAGGAAUUGGAAAAACUAUGAUGGCCAAAAAAAUCAUGUUGGAUUGGGCUUCUCAACAAUUUUACCCUGAUCGAUUUAAUUGUGUUUUUUAUAUUUCUUGUAGAGAGUUUAAUUGCCAUGCAGAGUCAGAAAAGAGUAGCAUUGCAGAGAUAAUUUCAAAACAAUGGCCCAGGUGUCAUGCUGUAGAAAACUUCAUUCAAAACAUACUGAAGAAUGAAAGGAAGCUUCUGUUCAUAAUUGAUGGGUUUGAUGAAUUAAGGUAUUCUUUUGAUGAGGCUGAAGAUUCCUGUUGCUCUGAUCCCUGGAAGAAGGAACCUAUAAAAAUUAUUUUGAGAAGUUUAUUCCAAAAAAAGCUUCUUCCUGAAUCCUUUCUUAUAAUCACAACAAGACCUAUUGCUUUGAAGAAACUCAAUCGAUAUUUAGAAUAUCCACAUUUUUUCCAGAUAUUGGGGUUUUCUGGAGAGAAGAUGGAAGAAUAUUUCCAGAAUUUUUUUGGAGAUGAUAAAGACCAAGCAACUCAAGCUCUCAGAUUUGUGCAACAAAAUGAUACACUUUUCACCAUGUGUGUCAUUCCCCUUGUGAGCUGGAUCAUCUGCACAGUGUUGAAACAAGAGAUGGAGGGAGGUAUAAAUCUCCAGAAGAUGCCAUGCACUCUCACUGAAAUCUAUAUGCUGUAUCUCUCCAGCUUGUUAAAGUAUCACCACAAAGAAUCCGAACAGGAUGUCCAAAGAAAGUUGAAAAACGUCUGCUCUUUGGCUGCAGAGGGCAUCUGGAAGCAGCAAAUACUGUUUACAGAAGAAGAAGUCAUGAAGGACAAUUUGGUUCAGGAUGACUUCUUCCCCCUCUUUCUGAAUGAGAACAACUUCAAACGAGAUAUUCACUGUAUUAAAAACUUCAGUUUCAUUCACUUAAGCUUCCAGGAGUUUUUUGCUUCUUUGUUUUAUGUUCUGAAAGGAGGAGAGCAGCACCAUUCUGAAAACCUGAAUACAAAUUUGCGGGCACUUUUAAAAAGACAAACUUUUGAGGACCCCAGCACAAAGUGUGAAUAUUUUAGGUCUGAAUUUGCAGUAGAAUUUCGUUUCCUCUUUGGUUUUCUAAAUGAAGAAAAUAGAAUGAGAGAGUUGAAAAAAGAAUUUGGAUGGGAAAUUUCUUGCGAGAAUAAAGAGUUAUUAUUAAACUGGGUAAAAAAAAACAUUAACAGCAAAAUUAACGCGAUCGACCUGAAUUGGAUCACACAAGAUAAGCAUAUGCUGUAUUUAUACAAUUCCUUUCAUAUAAAAAUUCAUUUGUAUUUGGAAAAAGAAAUACUUAGUUACUUAUAUGAGACACAAGAUGAGAAUUUUGUAAGAGAUGCGCUAUGUGCUAUCACUGAAAUAAAUUAUCAGUGCAACUCAUAUAUGGAAUUGAUGAUCCUGACCUAUUGUAUACAGCACUGUCAAAAUUUGGAGUAUCUCUAUGUUCGAAGCCCUACAUCUAUAUAUCAGGCAGAUAAUGGAUUAUUUCUUCCAAAAAACAAAGUACAUUCACACCGGGACUGGAAGCCAUUUAAAUUGGAUGAAGGAUAUAUGGAAGAUUUCUUUAAAUCACUGACAAAGCUGAGAAACCUAAGAGUCUUGAGGUUGGAAAACUUGCAUGUUACAGUAUCCUGCAGAUUGCAACUUGUUGAAGUCUUUAGGAAAAACCAGAAGUUGAAGGAAUUAAAUUUUAUCUUUGAAGAUACAAAUCACAGUGCAGUGGAAUUGUUGUGUUCGGCGCUCCAACGUCCAUGUGAAAUAGAAACACUGGAGCUGAAUGUAAAGGGCAUGACCCAAAAAUGCAGCAUGGAUCUUGCAGAUAUAUUUUGGAGAAACCAGAAAUUAAAAGAGUUAAAGUUGUAUCUCUACAAUAUAGAUGACAAAACAGCACAUAUGAUGUUUUGGGGGCUUCUACACAGAAACUGUAAAGUAGAAAAACUAUGGCUUAGUACCGAGUUGACUGAAUCCUGCAGCUGGCGUGUUGCAGAACUAUUUAGAAAAAGCCAGACAAUAAAACAGGUAUGGUUGGUGCUAAGUUAUUCAAAUGAGCAACGAUUCAAAAUGAUAUGUGAGGCGCUUCAAGAUCGACACUGUAAAGUAGAAGAGCUCUGGCUUUUUGGAAAAUGGUUGACUGAUCUUGCAGCUGGCAUCUUGCAAGAGUACUCAUGA